AUGGCAUGGUGGUGGCCGCUCCUGCUAGAGCUGUGGACAGUCAUGCCCACCUGGGCUGGGGACGAGCUGCUCAACAUCUGCAUGAAUGCCAAACACCACAAGAGAGUGCCCAGCCCAGAAGACAAGCUCUAUGAGGAGUGCAUCCCCUGGAAGGACAAUGCCUGCUGCACCCUCACGACAAGCUGGGAAGCCCAUCUGGACGUAUCCCCACUCUACAACUUCAGCCUGUUUCACUGUGGACUGCUGAUGCCUGGCUGUCGGAAGCACUUCAUCCAGGCUAUCUGCUUCUAUGAGUGCUCCCCAAACCUGGGGCCCUGGAUCCAGCCAGUGGGAAGCCUGGGGUGGGAGGUAGCCCCGAGUGGGCAGGGAGAGCGAGUUGUGAAUGUGCCGCUGUGCCAGGAGGACUGUGAGGAGUGGUGGGAAGACUGUCGCAUGUCUUACACAUGCAAAUCCAACUGGCGUGGUGGCUGGGACUGGAGUCAGGGGAAGAACCGCUGCCCCAAAGGGGCCCAGUGCCUCCCUUUCUCCCAUUACUUCCCCACCCCAGCUGACCUGUGUGAGAAGACUUGGAGCAAUUCCUUCAAAGCCAGCCCUGAGCGACGGAACAGUGGGCGGUGUCUCCAGAAGUGGUUUGAGCCUGCUCAGGGCAACCCCAAUGUGGCCGUGGCCCGCCUCUUCGCCAGCUCUGCCCCAUCCUGGGAACUGUCCUACACCAUCAUGGUCUGCUCCCUGUUCCUGCCGUUCCUUUCCUGAGAGCCCUUCUUCUCCCACUCACAUUCCUGCAUGUCCACCAACUGUGGGUCAGGCCAGGCCAUGGCCUACCUCCUUCCUCAGGCCCUCCCCUAAAAGCAGUGGCAUGGGCUAGGGACUGCAGUCCCACCCAGUCCCUAGCCCAUGCCACUGCUUUUAGGGGAGGGCCUGAGGAAGGAAGUGCCCCUGAGGCUUCAGCGGCUGGUGCCUGCAACCUGCACAUUUGGUCCGAGACCCCCUCCACUGCUCUGCUCUAUCUUAGCUGGCCUAGGAGGCAGCUGGGGGCUGGAAGUGCCAAGGUGACUGGCCACCUCCUGCCUUGAGGGAUGAGAGCUUUCAAGGGGCUCAAGGACUUUCCCAUCCAGUGCACGCCUACCCCUUUCUGUGACAGAGCUGAUGGUGGCAGACCUGGCCUCCCAUCCUCCGAUGGUGUCUUCAAUAAAUCGGCACUCAACCUCUCCUCUGCUUGACUUCCUGUGUCUUAGCUUUAUGUGCAGGGACCCAACAUGCACACA